GCCCCCGCCGUGGAGCAGGAGCCAGAGCCGGAGACCUAGCCCUGCGCUGGAGGCGGCCGGACCCGGCCAGAUUUCCUGCUCCUCUGGAGGACUGCGGGCUGUGGGGCUGCGGGCUGUGGGCUGCUGGCUACGGGAGAACUCGCCAGCGGCGCGGGGACCUCGCUGCCCCCGCGCGUCCGCACGACCCUCCCUCGCACCGGCGGGAACAGCGGGCGCCCAGGAGCCCGGGAGCGGAGCGCAGCGGGCGGGCGCCCGGGAGAUGCGGAGUCGCCGCGGCGGCGCGAUAGGCGCGACAGCACCAGUCCCUGGGAGGUGUGCCAUGGAGCCCUUCUGUCCACUCCUGCUGGGCAGUUUUAGCUUGUCACUCGCCAGAGCUGGCAACGACACCACUCCAACAGAGAGCAAUUGGACCAGCACAACUGUAGGCCCUCCAGACCCUGGUACCUCCCAGCCACUGCUCACCUGGCUGCUGCUGCCUCUGCUCCUCCUCUUGCUCCUCCUCGCAGCCUACUUCUUCAGGUUCAGGAAGCAAAGGAAAGCCGUGGUCAGCAGCAACGACAAGAAGAUGCCUAACGGGAUCCUAGAAGAGCAAGAGCAGCAGAGAGUGAUGCUGCUGAGCAGGUCUCCGUCGGGUCCCAAGAAGUACUUCCCCAUCCCGGUGGAGCACUUGGAGGAGGAGAUCCGCGUGCGAUCAGCAGAUGACUGCAAACGCUUCCGUGAGGAGUUCAAUUCGUUGCCAUCUGGACACAUACAAGGGACGUUUGAUCUAGCAAAUAAAGAAGAAAACAGAGAAAAGAACAGAUAUCCCAACAUUCUUCCCAAUGACCAUUCCAGAGUGAUUUUGAGCCAAGUGGACGGAGUCCCCUGCUCUGACUACAUUAACGCGUCCUACAUAGAUGGUUACAAAGAAAAGAACAAAUUCAUAGCAGCUCAAGGCCCCAAGCAGGAGACAGUGAAUGACUUCUGGAGGAUGGUCUGGGAGCAGAAGUCAGCCACGAUCGUCAUGUUGACGAACCUGAAGGAGAGGAAGGAGGAGAAGUGCUACCAGUACUGGCCAGACCAGGGCUGCUGGACCUAUGGGAACAUCCGUGUGUGCGUGGAGGAUUGCGUGGUUCUGGUGGAUUACACUGUCCGCAAGUUCUGCAUCCAUCCGCAACUCCCCGAGAGCUGCAAAGCCCCACGGCUGAUCUCACAGCUCCACUUCACCAGCUGGCCUGACUUCGGGGUACCUUUCACCCCCAUCGGAAUGUUGAAGUUCCUGAAGAAAGUGAAGACACUAAACCCCUCACAUGCCGGGCCCAUUGUGGUCCACUGCAGCGCGGGCGUGGGACGGACAGGCACUUUCAUUGUGAUCGACGCCAUGAUGGACAUGAUACACUCAGAACAGAAGGUGGAUGUCUUUGAGUUUGUGUCUAGAAUCCGCAAUCAGCGCCCUCAGAUGGUCCAGACAGAUGUACAAUAUACAUUCAUCUACCAAGCCUUACUGGAAUACUACCUCUAUGGGGACACUGAGCUGGACGUGUCCUCCCUGGAGAGGCACCUGCAGACGCUACAUAGCACAGCCACCCAUUUUGACAAGAUCGGACUGGAGGAAGAGUUUAGGAAACUGACCAACGUGCGAAUCAUGAAGGAGAACAUGAGGACAGGCAACCUGCCAGCCAACAUGAAGAAGGCCCGUGUCAUCCAGAUCAUCCCAUAUGACUUCAACCGGGUGAUCCUCUCCAUGAAAAGAGGACAGGAGUAUACAGACUAUAUCAACGCGUCCUUCAUAGACGGCUACAGGCAGAAGGACUACUUCAUGGCCACACAGGGGCCCCUGGCUCACACAGUCGAGGACUUCUGGAGGAUGGUGUGGGAGUGGAAGUCACACACAAUCGUCAUGCUGACUGAGGUGCAGGAGAGGGAGCAGGAUAAAUGCUAUCAGUAUUGGCCAACGGAGGGCUCGGUGACACAUGGCGAUAUAACUAUAGAAAUAAAGAGUGACACCCUGUCUGAAGCCAUCAGCAUACGGGACUUCCUGGUUACUUUUAAACAGCCCCUGGCUCGCCAGGAAGAGCAGGUCCGCAUGGUGAGACAGUUCCAUUUCCAUGGCUGGCCUGAGGUUGGAAUCCCAGCUGAGGGCAAAGGCAUGAUCGACCUCAUCGCAGCCGUGCAGAAGCAGCAGCAGCAGACAGGCAACCACCCCAUCACCGUGCACUGCAGUGCCGGAGCAGGGCGGACAGGUACGUUCAUAGCACUCAGCAACAUUUUGGAGCGAGUGAAAGCCGAGGGACUCCUCGAUGUGUUUCAAGCUGUGAAGAGCUUAAGACUUCAGAGACCACACAUGGUGCAAACCCUGGAGCAAUAUGAAUUCUGCUACAAAGUGGUACAAGAUUUUAUUGAUAUAUUUUCUGAUUAUGCUAAUUUCAAAUGAAGAUUCCUGCCUUAAAAUAGUUUUUAAUUUAAUGGUCAGUAUAUUUUGUAAAAAGAAAUAAUGUUAAUUUAUUUCCUAGUGGACAUUAAUAUCCUUCCUAAUUCCUUUGUAUAUAUUUUGUUAUGUUCUAAAGGCUAUCUGCUGUAAGGUUAUUAUUAAGUCUUAAAUGUCCUUUUUAAAAAUGGGAAUAAUUGUUAAGGUCAAAUAUACUAUCUGGGAAGAUAUAUAUUUCUGCUAAUAUCAGUCAAUAUCUUAAUUCUGUAAGAUUCACAUCAUGCGAUGUCACAUGUCAUGCAUCUGUAAAUGUAGCUCUUAAUAUGUCAAAUGUGUUUGUGAAAGACACUAAACAUGAAGCCCCUUGUGGAGGAAACUGUUAAGGACUCAGAAUCAGGACACAUUUACUCUCCCUGACAGCUGUUGCAACCAUCCAGGGCAUCAGGGCGUGACAAACAGUACAGAUGUGGGCUUUGGGAAAGUCCAAGGUCUCUCCAGGGCAUCGGGGUGUGACAAACAGUACAGAUGGGGGCAUUGGGACAGUUCUAGGUCUCAGUCCUGUGGCUGAUGUUUACAUUUGAAAGAUCAGAGGAGGAGCCGGCUAUGGCAGUGUGUACCUGUGUCUCUAGCACUUGAGGGGCCGAAGCAUGAGGACUGCCUUCAGGCCCAGGCUAACCUGGACUCUGUCUCAAAAACAUACAUUAAAAAUAAAAUUCAGAUCUUGCAACCUACAUCUGAGUCUCAGACCCACAAGGGUAGAUGGUGGCUUCCCAGUGAAUUUUUACAGCCAUUUAUUUAUGAAAGGCUGUGUCUCUGCCACUGGAGACUCAAUGAGAAGAGAUGCUGGUCCCAGGACAUCCCGUCUCACAGGCUUGCAGUAUCCCUACACUAGCCCUCAGAGCUGUGUUCCUGAGCAACCAUUUGUCCAUUUGCCUGCGAGUCUGGCUUAGAAUCCAGCCAAGUUCAUUCCCAGUGUCCCUUCCACUGGCCCAGCUGCCUGUGCUGACAUUAACUGAGCCCACAGGCUCAAUGCAAAACUUCUUCCUUUCCUUCCUCAUUAAAAUGAAGUGUUUUACACACACACACACACACACACACACACACACACACACACACACAGAAACAGUAGGAUGACCACAAGCAAGUGUACUGUAAACUUCCUGACAGGCAUUUUGGUAUAUCAGAUUUUCUUUGUAAAAAGUUAAGAUGCUUUGUAAGAAAAGAAAUCUUAAAGUCUAGAUUUGUACAGUUUUUUAAACAUCCCACUCUUUGGUGUUCAAGAGAGAGAGAAUCCUAAUUUGAAGUCUAACUUACCUUUGGAUGGAAAUGCUGCUGAGGCCUCUGAACCCAAGUGGCCGUGAUGGGCACCCUGCCAGAGAGAAGUAGGUUAGGGGAAGGAAUGGGGGGGAGAAGGGUGAAUGUGGAAACACAGACUUCAAGAUGAUCUUCCUAUGGCAUUUAGGUGCCCAGCAAAUGAGCACAAUGUAAAAACAACAACAAAAAAGACAUCUGGUCUAACUCACCGAAGGCUUUGAACAUAUGCAGUUUGGAUACUUUUUAAAAGCGAUAUGAAAAUAUUAAGGUCUUAUUUGCCAUCUCCAUGGAGGACCGAUCAUGCCUGCCUAUUGCACUGCUUGUACUUGUUUGUGUAUAGUGUGUAUGGGGACAACCCCAGAAUCGGCCACCGCCUCCUACAGGUGAACAAGUCCCCAAGCUUCCCACAGCUCUCAGUUCCAUCCAGAGGCACUAGCUGGUGCCCAGCAGACAGGGUGAAACAGACAGUGGCUUCUGUCAUCGCCACCAGUUGCACCCAGGACUGGCCCUGGAUGGAGCAGGUCCUGCCCUUCUCUGUGCAGCAGUGAAGCACAGGCAGAAAAUGGAAGGGGGGGGG